AUGGCCGCCGGGAAGGCAGCGAAACCGUCUCUCUGGCAGAACGAGCGGCUCCGGUUCAUCGUGUGUUUCUUCUGCGGAGUGUUCGUGUGUUACUUCUACUAUGGGAUACUGCAGGAGACAAUCACGCGAGGAGACUACAGUCAAGCGGGGAAGAAGGAGAAGUUUCGUUAUGCCACCACACUAGUCUUCAUCCAGUGCAUCAUCAAUGCUGCUUUCGCCAGACUCUGUGAUUUUUUUGAGGGCUCAAAGCAGGACCACACAAGAAGCUGGCUGUAUGGCAUGUGCUCUCUGUCUUACCUGGGUGCCAUGGUGUCCAGUAACUCGGCCCUGCAGUAGGUCAACUACCCCACACAGGUUUUGGGAAAAUCCUGUAAACCUAUUCCAGUGAUGAUUCUGGGUGUCACAAUCCUAAGGAAGAAAUAUCCCAUGGCAAAGUAUCUGUGUGUGUUUCUAAUCGUCACCGGGGUCGCUCUCUUCCUCUACAAACCCAACAAAGGCUCCAGCACAUCAGAUGAACACACAUUUGGCAUUGGAGAGAUGCUACUGCUGCUGUCUCUGACUCUGGAUGGGCUGACAGGUGUAGCUCAGGACCACAUGAGGGCACGGUACCAGACGGGAGCCAAUCACAUGAUGCUGAACAUCAACAUGUGGUCCACACUGGUCCUAGGAAUAAUUGUGCUUUGGUCAGGGGAGGUGUGGGGGUUUUUGUCAUUUGCUGACCGCUAUCCCGGCAUCAUCUAUAAUAUCCUCCUGUUCGGUAUCACCAGUGCUCUUGGACAGACUUUCAUCUUCAUGACUGUGGUGUAUUUUGGGCCGCUCACCUGUUCCAUCAUCACAACGACACGGAAGUUCUUCACCAUCCUGGGGUCUGUGCUGCUGUUUGGGAACAUCAUCAGUGCUAUGCAGUGGUUUGGUACCUUCCUCGUCUUUCUCGGCCUUGGACUGGAUGCCAAAUUUGGAAAGUCUCCUAAGAAGACGACACACUGAACACUGGAAACCUGUGUGUGUGUGUGUGUGUGUGUGUGUGUGUGUCUGUGUGUGCGCGCACAUGUAUGUCUGCGUCUGAACCCGAGACAAACAUAUACAUUUAUUCUAAACUCUACCACACUAACUCCAUCAUUGGUGUACUUCAGAGAUGAUGUUUUAGCACUUACAAUAUUGUUAUUAUGCUGAUGUUCUGAACAUUUAAUUAUGGGAUAUAUUUGACCAUCAUCUUGCAAAAUGGUAUCCAUGGUAACAGAGGGACAGUGCAAAUGUGUGUCUGUGCCUAAUCAUAAUCUGUCAUGCUCAUGAGGCGAAAUCAAAAAGAUAAAGUUUGAAUAAAGAUAAAGAUCCAAUUUAAAAUUGGAGUCUAUAAAAGGUAGACACACUACAGCUGAUUGUACUUCCUGGAAGACUCCGUCCAGCGAGCCAACCAUUGAAUUUUUAAACUACUUUUUACACAUUUCUAUAUAUACACCUUCUAGACAUUUGAGAAGUCAGACAGGUGUGUUCUGCCUUUAUUGUAGUCAUAAUUUAGGAAGUAAAUUGUUGAACGUCUGAUUGUCAUUGCAUUCCCCAAUAAGUGUAUGUGUGUGGUGUUUACUUUGCAUAUGUAAUGCACAAACACAUGUAUAGAUUAAUUAUUUGUCAAAACAUGGCUUUUUCAUACCAGAUGUCAUAUUUAUAUUCAUGUGUCUAGUUUGAAGUCAGCAAAACAAAUAUUAAGAAAGUUGGCAUUAUUUUUUACAAAAAAUAUCCUCUGCAUUAUACUGUAACCUUAUGUCAGAAUAAAAAUGGAAUUUUAUAGAUUAAUUCUA